ACUGCAGUCCGUUUGCACUAUUUGCUUGUAUGAGGGACUGCCGCACACACUGGUAUUACUACAACACCAACUUUUAACGCGAUUUCGUCUCAAAUACACACCGGGGAGGAGAGAUACGGUCACGCACAAUAUUUACGUUAGAGAUCUAGUGGAAUUAAGUGGGUUCCGAGACUACGAUAUUCAGAAUAACGAGGAGCACCGGGACCUGAACUGAAGCCGGGUGUGCACUUUGGAAGCAAGCGAGCAUUUGUACGUCUUCGGAAACUCUACUCUUCGGAAACUAUAACUUUUUUUUUUCAGUGCAUGCUCGAGAGUGGAAGGUCCUGCAGUUAUCUUUUCAAGCUCAAAGGGUGGCAGAGGAAAACGGGAUUCUCGUGGGGUUAGCGACUGCCACAAACAGUUGUUUUUAACUGGAGUUCGCUGUCAAAAGUUCAGUUUGAUUUAGUGCUCUCCUUCCUUCUCGUGGAAGAGUUGUGACUGGAAAACAACGAGAUGCACAUGGAUCCACAGAACUCAAAUGGUGUAUUUUAAAGAGAACUACAAAGAGUGUAUUAAAUAUGGAAAACACGCUUUCUCUGACAAAAGAGCUCGUGUUAAACUACAGAGAUUGAUAACUGCAGAUUCAUAAAUCACAAGUUUUCCAGUGUCAGAAUGGGACUUUUCCAGAUAGCGCUUAUCGUUCUGGAGAUGAUUGUGUUCUCAGACUGCGCAAGGGGUCCACCUCGAAUUGCAGAAAAGAUCAUUCACCGCCAGACGGUGAGAAUAGGCCGGACCAUGAAGCUUCUGUGCCCCGUGGAAGGUGAUCCUCCGCCUCUGAUCAUGUGGACCAAAGAUGGCCGGAACAUCCACAGUGGCUGGAUGAGGUUCCGCAUCCUUCGCCAAGGCCUCAAGAUCAAAGAAGUAGAGGCAGAAGAUGCCGGAACAUUUGUCUGCAAAGCCACCAAUGGCUUUGGCAGCGUCAACAUCAACUAUACGCUAAUCGUGAUUGAUGACUCAAGCACAGGAAAGGAUGGUCCGGUGCUACCAGAAGGGGGUGGCACACAGUAUACAAAUGAGGACAUGUCAGGAAAACAAUGGGUGAGGCCCAGGUUCACUCAGCCUGCCAAGAUGCGGAAGAGGGUGAUCGCCCGUCCGGUGGGCAGCUCCGUUCGGCUGAAGUGCGCCGCAAGUGGGAACCCCCGACCUGACAUCGCCUGGCUGAAGGACAGCAAGCCACUGACCCCCCAGGAGGUGGGGGAAGGACGCAAGAAAAAGUGGACUCUGAGCCUCAAGAACCUCGCCCCCGAGCACAGCGGGAAAUACACCUGCCGCGUCUUCAACCGGGCCGGAGAAAUCAACGCCACCUACAAGGUGGAAGUUAUCCAGCGGACAAAAUCCAAGCCUAUCUUGACGGGCACUCAUCCCGUCAACACCACAGUAGACUACGGCGGGACGACCUCUUUCCAGUGCAAGGUGCGAAGCGACGUCAAGCCGGUCAUCCAGUGGCUGAAGCGCGUGGAAUACGGCAAUGAGAACAAGUACAACUCCACCAUCGACGUCGGGGAGCACAAGUUUGUGGUGCUGCCCACAGGGGAGGUGUGGUCCCGCCCGGAUGGCUCCUAUCUCAACAAGUUGCUCAUCACACGGGCCAAGGAGGAGGAUGCUGGCAUGUACAUCUGCCUGGGAGCGAACACCAUGGGCUACAGCUUCCGCAGCGCCUUCCUGACCGUCCUGCCUGACCCCAAGCCGCCCAGCACGCCAGUGCUAACCCCCCCAUCCAGCAGUCUGCCCUGGCCGGUCAUCAUCGGCAUUCCGGCCGGCGCGGUGUUCAUCUUUGGCACGAUCCUCCUUUGGCUCUGCCAGACGAAGAAGCACUGCUCCUCCCCAGUGGCGACGGCCGCCAGCGCCCAGGCCGCCCAUCGCCAGCCCCCCAGGGAGAGGACCUGUGUCCCUCAAGUCCCAGACAAAGACUGCGGGAAUUACGAGGAGUAUUUAGCCCAGCAGCAGCAUUUGCUAGCCCAAGGGGGACCUGCCUUGGCGUCAGCCAUGGCUCCGAAAAUGUAUCCAAAGAUCUACACGGACAUCCACACACACACCCACUCGCACGUGGAUGGGAAGAUACACCAGCACCAGCACAUUCACUAUCAGUGUUAGCUGCGAAAGGAGUUCCUAAGGGAAGCGACCACAGCAACGGAGUGUGACUGCAUGCGCCCUCACACAUCCUGACAUUUUUUCAGUGUGGUACCUCAGCCUAGAGAACCGUUCACUGCCAGCCACCAGUGGGCCUCAAACUGGAUUUAAAAAAUAAUGAGAAAUAUAUUAGAGACAACGUGAAUACGUUUUGUUCAGUGAGUUGGGAGAAACAAUGAAGGAAGACAGGUCUUGGGGUUGGGGUGGGGUGGGUUGGGGAGCAAGACGGAAUUUGUUGUUAUUGUCUUGGUUAAUCAGAGGGGCAAACAAAAAUAAAAGUUCAUGUGACUGAAAUCAGCAAACGUACUCUGUUAGCUUUGCCUUGAUAGGAUCUUUUUUUUUCCACAACAGGAGUAGCUCAGUCUCUAUCGGCUUUUUUGGCAUUAACAUUUCUUUGGCUCUGGGCCGAUCGCAACACAACAAGAAUGUGCCAAGAGGAAACUCUUAACAAGCAAGUUUUAUGUCAAAAGCAAGAAAAUGUCAGCAAGGUUUACCGAUGGAAAAAAGUGUUUUUGUGCGUAAUAUAUAUGCAGAAAUGUUUUACUUUAAAAAUGUAAGUAUAUACACACAUCAGAAAUAUUAAAGGGUCAUUUGGGGUAUAUACUGUAAUUCCCUAAGAAUGCAGUGAUGAUACUGUGAUAAGGAUGCAGUAACUUGGUGUGCACCACGUUAAAAUUUAUCUGUAAGUAAUGCACUUGCCGUAAUUUAUUUAGUAACUCUGUGUGCUGAAGAGAACAGGGUGUGGGAGGUUGUCACUUGAUGGAAAUAAGAUCUCUCUUUAUAAAAAAAACAAAAGAGAGACAACAACUUGAAGUAACAGGGCAUUAAUCAUGCCAGAAAGAAAAGGCUUGUGCCGUUCUGCAAUAUAAAGAGUGAUUCAGUGACCAUAUCGUGGAUUGAUAAAUGUUCUAAUGCUUGUAUGGGCCAUAGUAGUAGUGCUCUUUUGUCCAUAGUAGGAAGGUUUUGUAUUUCUUAUAUUUUUGGCACACAGUUACUCGGGCUCACUUGAUAUCCUUGAUUUCCCAGUGCUGUUGACAAUAUUUAAUUUCCGAAUAAAAUCUAACAUAAAGGCUUAUUUUAUUUCUUCAUACUCAGGUGGCCCUUUUUUUUUAUUCUUUUGUUUUGCUUUUUUGAUGUGUGUGUAUAUCUAAAUCCCUGACCACUAUUAAUGCCAAUAAGGAACUGCUUAAUUUAUUUGCCAUUGACUGCUGAGUAUCCAUGCCCUUUCAGGUUAUAGAUACACACAAAUGGCACAAUUAAAAAAAAUAAUAACAGAAUGCCAUUGCUAGACACCAAAUGCCUCCACUUUCAAUGGUUUGAGGCCUUCCCGUGAAGAAGGAGUACAGAAGACUGAAUGUGAGGAAUGGUGAUUUUAUUGUAUCAUCCAAUGAGCAAACCCUACAGCUGUGUUGAUAUUGGAAUAAAAUGCUACUUAUCAAUGCCAAAUUGACUGCCGAUUAAAUAUCAGCUAGUUCCAGAUAUGAACUAAUUCUGAGUAAAAUUCUAAAAAUGUUCCUCACAAUCACAUUUUACUGACUUGAGGAAGGAAAGGACCAUUAUAGUGCCUGUGUGGACUAGAGUAAAAUUUAACCACAAAAUAUAAAGCUUUAGUAAUUCUAUAUAGAUUUUAAACAGAAGUCAUGUAUAUUUAAUUUAUUUUGUUAAGCAAGAUAUAAUGUAUAAUAUGUUCAUCAAACCUGGCAUUUCUAUACAUAUUUUGAUCCAAAAUAUAAGCAAUUGAUGCCAUUUUCCUCUAGUUGCCAUGUAAGCUAUGUAGCAUAUAAUGAAUACUUUGUUGUCAUGUUGUCAAGUCAUAUAUUUGUAUGCGCUGUUUGAAAAAUACCGAAAUUGUAAUUAUUAAUAUCUUUGUAUUGACAAUCCUGUACAGUCUGCCCUCUUUGUUGGAAUUGUUAUCAAAAAGUUUAUUCAUUUGGAGACAUUUUAAUCAUUUUAUCACUGUUAUUAAAAAAAGCAGA